GCAGAGCUGUCACAUAUUUUUGAGUCAUCCAUGUUGGCGAACGAGCAGAACCUCCUCUGAGGGUAAUCAAUUUUUGUGCAGAUUAGCAAAGUUUUUCCAUCUCAAACGUUCCCUGGGAACCGUAUCUGCAAACUGCGGAUACUUCCGGAUGAGUAGCGCGCUAAACGAAACAAUCAACUGGUAGCAACAGUGGACUGUUUGGAAACUGCACGCCCACCCAAAUGGUGCUCAUCCAUCGUCAUAAACAUCAGUGAAAUCCAACAAAGAAGCGAAAAGGAUUCCAUCUUUUGCGCUGUUCGAUUUUUCCCUUCGACAGAAGAGGGACGGACGGACCUUUGAAAGCCUAAUUGGAAAGUAGCUGCUGGGCCCAUCCGUUGUGAUUACGUCGUCGAUCGAAAACAGUCAAAGACGCAUAAUUAUUCAACAUGUCCGCGGGUCCGUAUAAUUAUUCUUACAUAUUCAAAUACAUCAUAAUUGGUGACAUGGGUGUAGGAAAAAGUUGUCUGCUACACCAGUUCACGGAGAAAAAAUUCAUGGCCAGUUGUCCACAUACGAUUGGCGUUGAGUUCGGUACUCGGAUCAUCGAGGUCGACAAACAGAAGAUCAAACUGCAAAUCUGGGACACUGCCGGCCAGGAACGUUUCCGGGCAGUUACCCGAUCAUACUACCGAGGGGCAGCUGGUGCCCUUAUGGUUUACGACAUCACAAGAAGAUCCACCUACAAUCAUCUGUCGAGUUGGCUAACCGAUACUCGCAAUCUGACCAAUCCAAGCACUGUGAUAUUUUUGAUUGGCAACAAAUCCGAUCUGGAAAGUACCCGUGAGGUUACCUAUGAAGAGGCUAAAAAAUUCGCCGACGAAAACGGGCUUAUGUUUGCAGAGGCCAGCGCCAUGACUGGCCAAAACGUGGAAGAAGCAUUCUUGGAAACGGCCCGAAAAAUAUACCAAAGCAUCCAAGACGGUCGACUUGAUCUGAACUCGUCCGAAUCGGGAGUUCAGCACAAACCGGCCCAACCGGGACGAACUUCGCUGACCGGCGAUAUCCAGAAUCCCAAGGAUAACUGCUCCUGUUAACUUCGUCCGUCCCAGUUACCGACUAUCUGUGUGUAUUUAAGGAGACAAAUAGUGGUCUGCCAUUCAUUCCCCCCCUUUUACGCGUAUAAUAUUGGAUUGGAUGUGAAUAUUUGUUGGAACCAAGACAGCACCACACUAGAAAAAGUAAAUUUGCAUGAACACUACGUUUCCGACCUUUGCCAAAGCAAGUUCUAACACUAUCGGAAACACACGUUUCACCUGUGCUCUGUAGUAUUGGACUCUGAUUAGAAAUCUUUCAUAAAAAAAACGAACGGAAACCGAGCAUAGACGACAGGUAUAUUGUCGAGAAAUCGAAUACUUAUAGUGAAAAUUUUAUUGGGUGGCACCUGUGAUUGUUUCUCGAAAAGAAAAAAGUUUAUUUUGGGAUUCGGUAUUUUGAAACAUCAACCGAUUCCCUUCGUUGAAAAUAGAGUUUUUAUUCAAAUAAUAUCAUAGUCGGUUUUCUUUUAUUUUUUGUUAAAUCUAGCCUUUUUGCUUUAACUUUCAAUAAAAGUAUGUAAAAUGUAAGUUUAAUUUGAACUGGUAAUCUUACAAAAGGAAAACUAAUAACACCUUUGAAUAAUACUAAUAACCGGUCUACAGCAGUAGCAGACCAGAAAAGAAAAUAGUUUUAUGUAGAUAUGGCACUAUUUAGUUGGGUUGUUAAACGGUACUAGACCUACCAAAUCUAUGUGUAAUACCAACGAAAUUUCACGGGAGAUUCGGAACCACACGAAACCGGUACACGUGGAUUUAAAACUGGUACUUUUCUUCAUUGCUUUGAGUUAUAACCGCAAACUUUGGUCAUCAAACUAAAAGAUAAAUAUUUUCUGUCCUAAGUUUCUAUCGGAAGAAAAUUACCGGUCCUGGUUUAUUCUGCUGCGCGCGCAUUUAUCCAACGAACCAGGAAACUAUCAUCGAGAGUCAAGUGCAAUCGAAGUGCGCGGUCAUAGAAUGCGUCAAAACACACAUAUUUCCCCCUUAGUACAAAAUACGUUACAAUUUGUGGUAGCCAGGUCCCGGAACCAGUAAACUGGUUCAGUACUAUGUCAGAUUGUAGAAGAAAUCUCCUUUAAUUGACUGUGAGUAUAUACCUACUAAAACAGAAAAAAAGAUAAUCUAAAGCUUAAAAGUUAAUUAUUCCAAUUUUACGGUCCACCCUUAAUGCGCCCCUUAAAUAGAAAUCAACACUAUUCAAAGCAAGUACCCUAUAGAUACCGUAAGACGAGAUAGAUAUUCUGUAGACACUUUUGGAAUUUAGUAAACUACUAAACUAUGUAUGAAAAAAAAAGUAUUACCAAUGAAUACAUUUGUUUAGCUAAAGUCGCUGGACUUCAUAUAAUGCCAGCAGCAUUAAAAAGUAAAAGGAUAAAAUUUGGCAAAACGGUGAACGACACCAAUCACGUUUAAGCAGGACAUUAGUCUAUAAAUAAAUAUAUUCUCGGAAAGGUCCAUUAUAAAUUCAA